UCACACUAAACAGCACAGAUACAGCGCAAAAACAUCGCAAAAUUUGGAGGCAGCGCAUUUAACCCACGAUUCGCCGCUAAAAACCCGGAAAAAACAGGAAUAAAAGGCCAAAACUAAGCUGAGAUAUUAGCCAGCGACACAAAAUGGCAAUUGCCGAGCAUGACAACGUAUUCAUCUUUGUGCCCAAUCUGAUUGGCUAUGCACGCAUCGUUCUGGCCCUGAUCGCCUUCUGGUUCAUGUCCACCAACUAUGUGAUCUCCGGCUGGUGUUACGUAACCUCUGCCUUGCUGGACGCCGUCGAUGGACACGCGGCCCGGGCCUUCAACCAAAGCACUCGCUUUGGUGCCAUGCUGGACCAGUUGACCGAUCGCUGUGGCACCACCGGCCUCCUGGUGACUCUGGCCUACUUCUACCCCAAGUACAUGUUCUGGUUCCAGCUGUCCAUUGCCAUUGAUGUCGCCUGUCACUGGCUCUUCAUGCAAACGAGUGUGGUGGUGGGACGCAGCUCGCACAAGGUCAAUGAGAACUUCAUAAUGCGGCUGUACUACCAGAAGGACAUCCUCACGUUCAUGUGCUGCGUCAACGAACUGUUCUACGUGUGCUUGUACCUUUUGCAUUUCACCUACGGACCGCUGAUAUUCGGCGCCUCGCUGUUUAAGAUUCUCGCCUUCCUCACGGGUCCGUUCGCCGUGCUCAAGGCUCUGAUCUCGGUGAUGCACGCCUACGUGGCGGGCAUCGAUCUGGCUGCCGUGGAUGUGCGCGAGCGCCAGGAGAAGCGUCAGAAAUCGGAGAUUCCGGUGGCUGGCAAGAAAUUGGAGUAAACUCAGAUCUUCCAGACCCACCACUCCUUUAGCUUAAUGAAGCGAAACUACUCUUGAUUCCAACAAACAAAAUGAAAGAAACCAAAAACGAUGAACAGAUGAGAUAUAUCUCGGUCAAGCAACUAAUCCGUAGUAGAAUUUUAAUUAAUUUUAUGCGAUAUUGCAAUAUUGUUGACUUUAUUUUGUAUUUUUAGUUAGACGGGGCUGCGAAACCCCAUAAUUUGUAUUUAAUAACUUUUUUUUUUGGAUUUAAAUUGAAAUUCAAGCGUAGUCAUAGCUGUUGCAUAUUUAUUUGCCUUUAGUUAAACGUAAUUUACAAAUUUUUGUGACGCUUACACCAUUAUAUUAUACAUAUAUACGUGACUGUAUAUGUUUUAGAUAUAUACAGGCCGAUUUCCAGGAGUUAUCUCAUUUUGUAUACCUUUGGUUCGAUUAAAUAUUAAAGAUUAACAACCUCCCAGCACUCUUCUCAGUGUAAACUAAUGUAUUUCUAAUCGUAAGUCUAAAAGAAUGUAAUUGGAGACCUGCAAGAAAUAUACGAACUUGGAUGUUAGAUGAUUUAAGAAAAUAUUAAGAGAUAUAUGUAUAUUAUAUUCUAAUCAAGUCAGCGUAGAACUGGCGAACGUAGUCAAAAUUACCGAUGAAAAGUUGGAAUAAAUAAAUGUGGUUUUAUGUGCAAAUAAA